CGGCUCUCCACAGGCUGAGGGCGCUCGCUAGGACAGUCCCGGCGGCGGCGCCUCCGCAAUGACCGUCUGUCAGUUCUUCCUUCAAGGCCGGUGUCGCUUCGGAGAGCGGUGCUGGAACGAGCAUCCCGGCGCCCGGGGUGCGGGCGGGGGACGGCAGCAGCAGCCCUCAGGUAGUAACAGACGUGGAUGGAAUGCCACCAGCCAGAGAUACUCCAGUGUUAUCCAGCCAUCCAAUUUCUCCAAAUCUACACCAUGGGGGGGCAGCAGAGAGCAAGAAAGGCGAUCUUUUGUUUCUUUUGAUUCUGGAGAUUCAACUGAUAGGAACAGGGGGUUUGGGUUGCCUCAGAACCCAUUUGCUUCUUCACCCAGCUCUGAUGCACAGAAUGAUGAAAAGAAAUUUCUGGAAGGAAUUGUGAAAGAUAUGGAGAUUUGGGAGUCGUCAGGGCAGUGGAUGUUCUCUGCUUAUUCACCAAUGAGAAAGAAACCUAGUAUUUCAGGUUUUACAGACAUUUCACCAGAAGAGUUGAGGCUUGAAUACCAAAGCUCCUUAACCAGCAAUAACUUACAGAGUUAUCUAAAUUCCAUCCAUCAGUUAAUAAAUCAGUGGAGGAACAGGGUAAAUGAACUGAAAAGUCUAAAUGCAUCAACUAAAAUAGCUUUGCUCUCUGAUGUAAAAGAUGGAAUAAACCAAGCAGCACCUACAUUUGGAUUUGGCAACAGGCAAACAGUAGCAUUUGGGUCACCAGGUUUUCCCGUGAGUAACAGCAGCAGUAGUAAUGCUCAAAAUUUCAGUUUUAAAGCAAGCUCUGGAUUUGCCACGGCCUCUUCUGGAAGCCCUUCUGUGUUCGGGAAUACUCCAGCAUUUGGAGCUGUUCCCUCUACCAGUCCUGCCAUCACUACUUCUACUCCAAUUCCUGGAUUUGGGAAACCGGAAAUCACAUCUGCUGCUUCAUUUUCAUUUAGAACCCCUGCAGCCUCAGGAUUUGGCUUAGCUGGGUUUUCGGGAUUCCCAGCUCCCGUGGCAGCAGGCCCUUUUGGAGCUCCAGUGGCCCCAGCCUUUGGAAACAGCAGCUCUGUGGCUGGCUUUGGUAGUCCAGGCUCACAUUCUCACACUACUUCCAAGCCAGCCAGUGACACUUGUGGAAGCAGCACAUCCACCUCUGUCCCUGUCUCAAAUGGCAGCACAACAGGUAAUGAAUUAUUCACACCCAAGCAUCAACUAACAGGAGAAGAACUGGAGCAAUUUCAGUCCAAGAAAUUUACUCUGGGGAAAAUUCCAUUGAAGCCACCACCUAUGGAACUUCUAAAUAUUUGAAAGGACAAUUUUAAAUACAGAAAAACAUGACUUUUCAAUUGUUUUGAAUGGUUCAUACAAAAGAGUAGAUACACAUAUUUAUGUACCUAUAUAUUUAUAAGGAAUAUAGCUUUCAAUGAUAACUUUAGGGGUUUGAAAUUUAACAUUUUUUUCCUGAGCCUAUUUAAAUAAAACAUAAUGCUCAGCAAGAGAUUUUCUUUUACUGUAAUUAUGAAUGGAAGUCGAAAAACUUGGUGUGUGCUGAAUAAAGUACUUUUCUCAUUCUA